CAUGACAAGUUUCAUCAAACACAUGGCAUGUUUCAUCAAACUCAUUACAAGAUUCAUCAAACUCAUUACAAGUUUCACCAAACUCAUUACAAGUUUCAUCAAACUCAUUACAAGUUUCAUCAAACUCAUUACAAGUUUCAUCAAACUCGUCAAACCCAUUACAAGUUUCAUCAAACUCAUUACAAGUUUCAUCAAACUCAUUAA